CAUAAGUAGAUAAGGUAACAUCUAAAGCACGGAGAGGUGAAUGAGUUGUUGUAUAGAAGAGGAAUUACAACUUGAAUGUGGAUUAUGUUUAAAAUUCUUCUUCUUGCAUUAGCAAUUUGUGUAACAACGGCAGAAAUAUGCGAAGAUGUAGAUACAACAGCAUGUGAAAGGGUUAAACUCAUCAGACCUGGCAUGUGCAGUGAACCAUAUAUGUCAAAACAGUGUAAGAAGCAUUGUGGAAAUUGUCCUUCAGCAAAAAGAAAUCCAAGCACAGCUAGACAAGGCAGUCUGACCUGCUACCAAUGCCCAACGCAUAUGUCAUAUCAACGCGCAUGCAAACAUACUACACAAUGUCAGCCUGGAUACGUAUGCUCUAUUAAGAAGUCUUUAUCUGAAGGUCGUAUAUAUUGGCCCCUAUUUGAAAUGGGGUGUAUGUUGGAACAGUCUUGUAGCAAGAUAGGAAGUAGCUUUGGACGUCGAUCCGCAUUUGACCUUACUCCAUAUUGCUGUAAAAAUGAUCUGUGUAACGAUCAUGAACCUCUGCCACCUACUACAGUGUUGCCAACUAUUCCUCCGAGCCCAUCUUCAGCAAAAAGAAAUCCAAGCACAGCUAGACAAGGCAGUCUGACCUGCUACCAAUGCCCAAAGCAUAUGUCAUAUCAACGCGCAUGCACACAUACUACACAAUGUCAGCCUGGAUACGUAUGCUCUAUUAAGAAGUCUUUAUCUGAAGGAGGUCGUAUAUAUUGGCCCCUAUUUGAAAUGGGGUGUAUGUUGGAAAAGUCUUGUAGCAAGAUAGGAAGUAGCUUUGGACGUCGAUCCGCAUUUGACCUUACUCCAUAUUGCUGUAAAAAUGAUCUGUGUAACGAUCAUGAACCUCUGCCACCUACUACAGUGUUGCCAACUAUUCCUCCGAGCCCAUCUUCAGCAAAAAGAAAUCCAAGCACAGCUAGACAAGGCAGUCUGACCUGCUACCAAUGCCCAAAGCAUAUGUCAUAUCAACGCGCAUGCACACAUACUACACAAUGUCAGCCUGGAUACGUAUGCUCUAUUAAGAAGUCUUUAUCUGAAGGAGGUCGUAUAUAUUGGCCCCUAUUUGAAAUGGGGUGUAUGUUGGAAAAGUCUUGUAGCAAGAUAGGAAGUAGCUUUGGACGUCGAUCCGCAUUUGACCUUACUCCAUAUUGCUGUAAAAAUGAUCUGUGUAACGAUCAUGAACCUCUGCCACCUACUACAGUGUUGCCAACUAUUCCUCCGAGCCCAUCUUCAGCAAAAAGAAAUCCAAGCACAGCUAGACAAGGCAGUCUGACCUGCUACCAAUGCCCAAAGCAUAUGUCAUAUCAACGCGCAUGCACAAAUACUACACAAUGUCAGCCUGGAUACGUAUGCUCUAUUAAGAAGUCUUUAACUGGAGGUCGUAUAUAUUGGACCCUAUUUGAAAUGGGGUGUAUGUUGGAAAAGUCUUGUAGCAAGACAGGAAGUAGCUUUGGACGUCGAUCCGCAUUUGACCUUACUCCAUAUUGCUGUAAAAAUGAUCUGUGUAACGAUCAUGAACCUCUGCCACCUACUACAGUGUUGCCAACUAUUCCUCCGAGCCCAUACUGUCCCAGUGGAUUCCAAUAUGUCAGUGGGUCGUGUUAUUUGGUGAACCUAACCACAAUGACAUGGUCACAGGCACAGGACUUUUGCCGAAGUCACGGUGCACAUUUAGCGGAUUUUACUACAAGAUAUCAGUUGAGACCUGUAAUACAAAAAGCAGUAAUACCACUGUCAUCUCAUUUUCAAUUCUUUGAUCCGCAUUGUUGGAUAGAUGCUGUAUAUUCUGACAGUCAACACCACUGGAUUUGGUCGCACAGUUCUGCAUUAGUGGAUUAUCGAUCUUUCACCCAAUUAGCACAUAGUACUGGUAAAACAUCAAAGUGUGCAUUUGCUUCUUAUGCUGUGGGUAUUACUCCGUUGGUUUUUGAAAUCGAUGUUGAUUGCAGUCGAAGUUACAUUCCGUUAUGUGAAGUUAAUCCGUCUAAAUAA